AUGCCCCCUGUGCUUUCCAACUUAUCUCAAAUUACCACCUGUGGUGGAAAACGUCUCAAAGUACCCCCCAACGUGCAAAAAACUGUCUCACGUUACCCUUUCCGUCAGUUUUUUUUGAAGUUCCGUUACGAACGUUACUGUUCAUCUCCCCCAAAAUUCCAGAACAGCAGCUCCUCCCAUUUGUUACUGUUCAUCGCACCAGUUUUUGGGCUGCCAUCGCCUCCUCCGGCCACCCCAAGCGACGACAUGGAUAUCAAAAGAACCAGCACGUUGUCCUCUACCACCCUCACAUCUCAGCCGCUGCCAACCGUCGUCUGGAUCACCGAAAAAAGCAAGAAAUUGGCCGGUUUUUACCCAAAAUCUCCAUUGCUCGUUCGGGCGAUUCCGAGCACCAUUUUCUUCGAUCCAGCGAACAGUGCAGCCGCAUGGCUAUACUCUGCUUGCACAUUUUCAAAACAGUGUAGUGGUUUGGCUAUACCCGGCAUCCUGUUCACUGAGGCAACGACUACAAGUGACUAA